ACACACCGUUAUCUCUCUCACGAAAUUAACUAAAAGUCUAUUUUGGUGAUAAAAUCGAAUACCCAAAUAGUAGACAAAUUUUAAUGGCGUAUUUACCGAUUGCUAAUAUAAUAAUGCAACAAUAAAGUAACGCAAGCAUAGAUUUGUUACUCUGAAAAACGCCCCCACUGCUGCUUGUGUUGCCCGUGCGGCAUAGAAAGGAGAAAGAGCCAAAGGUGGGCAGAACGGAAGAAGAAGCAAUCAAGUGGCAACAACGACGACAACAAAGCAGCGCCACAGGAAAAUGCAAAAAGUUAAUUAGUGUGAACAAAAUCACCGCUCUCUGGGUGGUCAGCCGCGAAUUGUGUGUGCACGUGUGUGUGCGUGUGUGUGUGUGUGAGGCUGUGUUUCAAGUCAGUGGGUGGUGGGUGCUGAGUGGAUGACAUGGAGUUCGCUGAUCUAAUAAAAACACCCAAAUUAGAUGGGGUCUUCCUGCAUGUGAAUGCAGCAGCAACAUCAUCAGCAACAACAACAGCAGCGAAUGCAACAGUUGAGGGCACCCUGUGCAUAACGGGACACCAUUUGCUGCUCAGCGCACGCCAGGAGAACACACAGGAGCUAUGGCUGCUGCACAAGAACAUCGAUUGCGUCGAGAAAAGACCGAGCAUGGGCCAGAACAUUGUGAUGGGUGGCCUGAUAACGCUGAGGUGCAAGGAUCUGCGCAUUAUAUCGCUGGAGAUUAAGUAUGCCAAAGACUUUUUCAAUGUGGCCGCAUCGCUGGAGGCGCUCAGUCAAAUCCAGAAUGCCGAGCUGGACUAUCCGUUCUUCUACAGGCCCAUGUAUUCCAUACUGGAGGAUGGCUACACCAUGUUCAGGCCGGAGUUGGAAUUUGCCCAGCUUAUCAGUGGACUGAGCAUGGGCGGCGCCUCGUCGCCGAAUGUGGCAAAUAUCACAAUAUGCACGCCCUCAACAUCGACGCCCAUACCACAUCCGCUGCAGAAUGGCUUUGCGCUGGACGCCGUGGCUGCAUUGGGGAGCAGCGGGGGUGGGAGUGGGUGCGGAAGCGGAAGUUGUGUGUCCGCCUGCGAGUGGCGCGUCAGCCACGUCAACAAAGACUUUGGCGUCUGUGCCACAUAUGGCGCCACACUGAUUGUACCUAAAGCAAUUAGCGACGAACAAAUCGCACUCUCCGCCGCAUUCCGCGAUGGCGGACGCUUUCCCGUGCUCAGCUACCGGCAUGAGAAUGGCGCAACGCUGAUGCGCAGCGCCCAACCACUGUCCAUACAAGGCAUCAAGCGGUGUCGGGCCGACGAGGCCAUACUCAAUUUGGUGCUGGGACGCAGCAAAAAGGGUUUCAUUGUGGACACGUGGGGCAAGGGCAAGUCCAACACUGAGACAGAUUUGCACUACUCACAGUGGAAGAAGGUGAAUCGGGCCAUUGGCAAUGUCAGUUCGCCUGCCUCCAUUUUGGAUAGCUUUGCCAAACUGAUCGAGGCCUGCAAUGACAUUGGCUGCAGCACGGACAAAUGGCUCUCGCGGCUGGAGAACAGCGGCUGGCUCAGCUUGGUGCUCAAUUCUUUGAAUGCAUCCUGCGUGGUCGCCCAGUGUCUGGAUCAGGAGGGCAGCCCAGUGCUGGUGCACGGUGCCAAGGGUCUGGACUCGACGCUGAUUGUCACAUCGCUAGUGCAGAUCAUUCUCAAUCCAGAUUGCCGCACUGUACGCGGUUUGCAAGCCUUGAUUGAGCGCGAAUGGAUACAGGCGGGUCAUCCGUUUGCCUCACGGCAUCGGUAUUCCUGCUACACGCCGCAGCAGAUGCGCAACAAGAACUCGGGCGCCACCUUUGUGCUGUUCUUGGACUGCAUCUUUCAGCUGCACACGCAGUUUCCGUGCAGUUUCGAGUUUAGCACACAGCUGCUGAUAUUGCUGUUCGAGCACAGCUACUUCUCGCAAUAUGGCACCUUCCUCUGCGACUCGGAACGGGAGCGAAAUGAGCUUCAGGUGCACACCAGGACAACGAGCCUCUGGUCGUACCUAAAUCGACCUGAUGUCCUGCAGACCUUGCUAAAUCCGCUGUAUGAGCCAAAUGCCAGUGUCAUCUGGCCCUCGGUGGCGCCCAUUAGCUUGGAAUUGUGGAGUGAACUCUAUUUGCGUUGGAUGAUUGAUCAACAGAAUUUGUCAACGACGAUGGCACAAAUACAGGAGCUGGUCACAUGCGAAAAGGAGCUGAGAACUCAGGCUCUCAAGUUGCGCAAACAGGCUGUGGAGUUAAGUCAGGAAGUGAUGGCGCUAAUGAACGAUAAGGAUAAUGCAUGAGUUGAUGCUCUGCGUGUCUCUCUCUCUAUUAACAUAUAUAUACAAUAUAUACACUUAUUUUUGAUACUUUCUGGUAGCCAUUUUAAAUCAAUCAAUUAUAUAAGCAAAUCUUAUUUUGUAAAAAAAAAAAAUGUUAAACACUAACGAAUAAGUCCCUACAAGUUCCAUUUAUAAAUGUUGCUGAAUAGAAAAGAUAAUGAACAAAAAACACACAGACACAGAUAUGUAGAAAGAUCUGCUUUUGGAUCAGAACAGAUUCUCAAUAUUUUUGACAGUGUCCAUUUAACUUGUAUGAAUUCUAUAUAGAAAUGAAAUGAAUGUUUUAAACUGAUGCUCUCUAUUUGUAUUUUGUAAAGCGAUCUCUCACACUCUCAAUGUACUGGAACGGAGCUCUCUUAUAAUAACACAAUGCACAUCAAAUGUUUAACAAUUUGAGUCAAUUUUUGACGCAUUUACUUGUAUUGAAUUUUUAGUGAAAUAAGUCUUAAAAUCUACUAUUUAGUACUUAAUAAUGAUGAUGAUGCAAGCCGUUAAGCCACAGAUCAAAUUUAGCAUUGUAAUAUUCAAAGAUUUGCCUUUUUCGAAGCGUUGGUAUUUUGUACAUUUUGAUUGAAUCGCAUAAAUUUUAUUGCUUAGAAAGCGUUUAUAAAAUCGAAUCGAUAAAAAUACAAAGAAAUAACAAAUGAAUUAAGCCGUUGCUCUAUAAAUGUCCAACUAUGUAUGUAUUAAUAUAAAUGUGUUUUAGAUAGUAUGCUAUAUGCAGCAUUAUUGUAUAUUUGUUUCGAAUUGUGAUCGUAUUUGAAAUCAUUGAAAUCCUUAUGUAAUUUAUAUGCAUAUUUAUAUAUGCAUUUCAAUUGUGCGUAUUUGUGUGUAAUAUGCUAACUAACCAAUAAGUGCAAUAAAUAUGUAUUAUUUUGCAA